GUCAUCCUGGCAUCUCUUCCGUUUCGCUUCAAGGGCUCCAGCGGUGCCAAUAUGGCGCCCAUUGCAACGGCUCACCACCACCGUUCGACUACCAAAACCACGCACAAGCCCUUCAAGACCAAACAUGCUUCUAAAGGUGCCCUGAAAGAGAAGGCCAAAGGCAAGGUUGAACGAGGAGAGCGGGGUACUCGCAAGACCCCUCACCAGCAACUCAUGUCAAGACUCGAUCGGAGGAACCAGGCUCGGCAGAAGCAACAAUUGAAGCACCAGGAGAAAGCCCAGGCUACCAGCAUUUUUUCCGGCCAGAAUGGAGCGCCCCGUCAUGUCGCUAUUGUGCCCCUUUCGGUCGAUAUCGAUACCACCGCGAUCAUCCGGGCUCUGAAUGAAAGUGUGGAUGUGUCAAGCGAUAUUUCUUCUGAUUCUAUUCCCCGCGUACGGAUCGACCGCUUCCGACAGAGUUUGCAAUAUAUCCCUGCCAAAUAUGACUUGAUGAGCGCAUUAGAUGCGUGCCGGAUGGCAGAUUUCGUGGUAGUGGCUCUCUCCGCUGAGGUCGAGGUCGAAGAAGAGGGAGAGUUGCUGCUCCGAUCGAUUGAAGGUCAGGGUAUUUCAAAUGUUGUUGCGAUGGUUCAGGGUCUCGAUAAAAUCAACCCUCCCAAGAAACGCCCUCAAGUGGCUACCUCCCUUAAAUCUUUCAUGAACCACUUCUUCCCGGCUGUCGACAAGGUUCUUUCCAUCGACUCACGACAAGAAUGCUCCAAUGCUAUUCGAUCCCUCUGCACUGCAACACCCAAAGGAAUCCGCUGGCGGGAUGACCGGAGUUGGAUGCUCAUUGAGAAUGUCAAGUGGCCGGAGACUACUUCUGAUGAGGUGAAUGAUGUCGUUUUGACCGGUGUUGUACGGGGAAAGGGCUUAAAGGCAGACCGUUUGGCCCAUCUCCCUGGUUGGGGUGACUUCCAGAUCGAUUCUAUCACAGCUGCCCCACUAGCUGCCGCACGAGCAAAGCGCGACGACGAUAUGAAUGUGGACGAAAGCGACGCCCCCCAAACCCUAGACGCUCCUAGUGCAGACCAGGAUGACCUAGCAACUGUCGCUCCGGAGGAAAUUGAGAUGGAUGAUGAGAUGGAUUCUCUCGUGGAUACAGAAAAGAAAGGAGUUCUUCUGGAUGACCACCACUACUUCUCUGACGAUGAUUCACACAUCCCAGCACCGCCGAAGAGACUGCCUAAGGGUACCUCCAAGUACCAGUCGGCUUGGUUCUUGGAGGAUAUGUCGGAUUCGGGCUCUGACAUUGAAGAUGAAGACGAGGACCAGGAGAUGGACAUGGACAUUUCCGGCGCGCCUGAAGACGGCGUGUUCCCAGACAACCACGAUGCUAUGACGGAAGGUGGACCUUCAGAGUACCCUCAAUCAGAGAUGUUCCUUGACCCGUCACCAGAGGAUGAGGCAGAUCAGUUGGAAGAGUACCGCUCUAGCCGCAGAAAAGAAGCGAAUGAGGAUCUCGAGUUCCCUGACGAAAUUGAGUUGCAUCCAAAUGUGCUUGCCAGAGAACGCCUUGCUAGAUACAGAGGAAUGAAGAGUCUCAAGACUAGCCCUUGGGCAACAUCUGAGGAUCGACCUCAUGAGCCCGAGGAGUGGCGACGACUCCUCCAGUUCGGUGACUACAAGGGAGCGAAGAAUAGGAUUCUAAGAGAAGCUCUCAUCGGAGGCGUUAAUCCUGGCACAAGGGUAGAAGUUCGUCUGCGAGCAAUCCCCGCUUCCCUCCGAAAUCGGCCACAACCUCUGUCCUUGUUCUCGCUACUCCGACAUGAGCACAAGCACACCGUCGUUAACAUCAACAUGCACCUAAAUGCUAACGUGGAAGAACCUCUUAAGUCUAAGGAAGAGCUUAUCGUUCAGUACGGCCCCCGCCGUCUCGUCGUGAACCCGGUCUUCUCCGCGGCAGACAACACGCCUAACAACGUGCACAAAUACGACCGCUUCCUCCACCCCGGCCGCAGCGCUAUGGCUACUUGGAUCGGCCCUAUGACCUGGGGCUCUGUCCCUGUCCUCGUCUUCAAGAACAAGACGGUUGACGACCCAGAGGUCCUCGAUUCUGCGGACUCAAAUGCCGCAGAAAACUUCCAGAUCAAUCGCCUGGAGCUCAUUGGAACGGGCACAGUCGUGGCCCCUGAUCCAUCGCGUGUCGUUGCCAAGCGAGCCAUUAUCACGGGCCACCCUUACAAGAUCCACAAGAAGGUCGUCACCGUCCGCUACAUGUUCUUCAACGCAGAGGAUGUCCACUGGUUCAAGGCCUUGCAGUUGUGGACCAGACGCGGCCGCAGCGGAUACAUCAAGGAGAGUCUGGGUACCCAUGGUUACUUCAAGUGUACCUUUGACGCCAAGCUCAACCCACAAGAUUCUGUAGGGAUUAGCUUGUACAAGAGGGUGUUCCCACGCAAGUCUCGCGCCUUGGAGGAGCUUGUGCAUUAG